AUGAAGUCGCUCGCUGUUCUGUCGACGCUCGUGGCGUCUGCUCUCGCCGCAGCCGUCCCCAAUGUAAACUACAGCGGAUACAAAGUUGUUCGCAUCCCAACUGAACAAAGCAACCACGCCAAGGUUGUCGAUAUCAUUAAAACCCUGAAGCUGGAUACAUGGAAAUAUCCCAAAGCUGCCGGCUCCGAUGCAGAUAUUGUUAUCCCACCAAACCAGCUUUCGGCCUUCAACAAGGCCAUCGCUGGCCUCAAGACAGAGAUUAUGCACGAGGAUCUCGGAGCCUCUAUCGAGAGUGAAUCCACUCACUCUAGUGCUUUCAAAGCUGGAUCAUAUGCAACCGCUCCCGACUCCGAGUGGUUCAUGGAUUAUCACAGCUUUGAUGACCACAUGAACUGGCUCAACGAGCUCCAGAGCCAGCAUUCCUCGAACUCCGAGAUUGUCAGUGUUGGAAACAGCUACGAGAAUCGCCCUAUCCAGGGAAUCCAUAUUUGGGGAGCUGAACAAGGAAAACCUGCUGUGGUUUGGCACGGAACUACCCAUGCCCGUGAAUGGAUCACCACCAUGGUUGUGGAAUAUAUGGCUGCCAGCCUUUUGAGCAAUUCCAGUGCUGCCGACGCUACAGUGCAAGCCAUGCUUGACAGCUAUGAUUUCUACAUCUUCCCCGUUGCUAACCCAGACGGAUUCGUCUUCACCCAAACCCGUGACCGCAUGUGGCGCAAGAACCGUACCCCUAACCAGGGUGCUUGCCCCGGUACUGAUCUGAACCGCAACUGGCCCUACAUGUGGGAAGGAAGCGGCUCAUCUCCAGAUCCUUGCGAUGAAACUUACAGAGGAGCCCAGCCCGGUGACGCCCCAGAGACCCAACUUUGGCUCGAAUACCUUCCGAGACUUGUAGAGAGCCAGGGUGUAAAACAAUACAUCGACUGGCACUCCUACUCUCAGCUCUUCAUGACUCCAUAUGGCUACAGCUGCUCCGAGACCCCUGAUAACCACGACAUGCAUAUUUCCCUCGCGAACGCCUUUAGCCAGGCAGUCGAGGCAGUUCACGGUACUAGCUUCACCACUGGCCCAAUUUGCAACACUAUCUAUCAGGCGAACGGAAACAGCGUCGACUGGGCUGUUGAUGUUGGAAAUAUUGAGUUAGGUUUCGCUGCUGAGCUCCGUGAUACUGGUAGAUACGGUUUCGUUCUUCCACCUGACCAGAUUAUCCCAAGCGGUGAGGAAACCUGGGCUGGUAUCAAGGCUAUGUUUGAGAACCUCUAAAUGAGCUAUCAAUAAGAUGAAUACGGGGAGGAAGAUACUCGAAAAUUUUACGGACUCUCCUUUUAAUUGACGCGGAUCGUUUUUUUGACAAUUCGACGUCGAAAUUGCCCCAUUUUGUGGAACCAAAACCAUUCCACAGUCAUGUCUGUUUUCGUUUCUCGUAUAUACCUAAACUGUUCAUAUCCAUA